AUGGGUUCCGCAGCCUAUCACGACUUCAACGCCGACGGCUGCGGCGUCGACGACGUUCCCAGGUUCAGCCUCUCUCACUCUCCUGAGAGCCUCAAGACUGCCACCACUCCAGGCACCCCAGACGACCUCCAGAGCGAGUUUGGCGAUAUCAUCGCUGCUGCUCAAAGCUCUUCUGCCUCUGCUUCUGCUUCUGCUGCCAGAGCCACCUCGGCCCUCAGAGUCUUCACCCAUCGCCCCAACGACUCCAUGUCGUCCAUCAGCGACUUUGCCACGGCUGCCAACGGCCCCAAGCCCAUGCUGGGCGCCGAUAUUCCUCGUUUCUGCAGCAACUUGGGCAUAGGCAAUCGUGCUGCUGCUCAGAUCUGGGCACCGCCAUCAGUGCCUCUCGACCACGGCGUUGCUGCUGCUGUCGAGAGACAGAAUGCCGCGCACUUUCGAUGGGGCUCGUUGGACGCUCACAGGAGCUUGGUUGCUGGCCAUGGACAUGAGAACCCAUUGUCGCGUCUUCCGCCUUUCUUGGCCAACCAGCACCAGCUUCCUACCAUCGUCGACAGCCCCAUCAGCGUGACUCGUCCGUAUGGCUCUGAGGCUGUUGCUUCUGCUCGUUCAUACAGUUCCGAGACUGUUGCCUCUGAGAGACCGUUUCCUCGCCAGCCAUUCACGCAGCCGAAUGUGCUUCGCCAGUAUCAUCACGAUAAUCAAGGCCUUCCCGUGAGACGCUACAUCCCUCCAUCCAGCAAGAGCAACUCUUCUUUCGACCUCUCGGAGAUCCAGGGUGCUCUGCUAAGCUCGACUGCUGCGUCCGAAAUCGACGACACUCAGCCUCUUGGAAUCGACAUCCUCCGCCUGUCUCCUCCCCGAACUGACCCUAUCCGACAGCCCAUCCCUCCCCCUUCUACCGUCCAGGUUCCUCCCAAUAUCAACAUCAACGCCCAUGAACAGCCUCAUGGCUUUUUGCCCAUGCAAGCGGUAAUGCAACAAACUCCCCCCGGAGUCUUCACCCACGAAGCCUGCGGCGACGGCUUCGGUUUGUCCAAGUUCUCGACUCGAUAUCACGGCAUGCACACCGAAACCAACGCCAGCGCCGAACAUCUCGCUCCCGAGCAAAACUGCGCUCUUUGGCUCACCAACCUGCCCCCCGGAGUGUCUACCCACGAGCUCCUCACCGCCAUCCGCAACGUCGGCCGCGUCUGGUGCAGCUACGUCAACUACCCCGACUACGUGACCCAUCAGACCGCCGCCGCAAAAGUCGUCUUCUUCACCCCCGAGGCCGCCCAGUCGCUCCUCAGCGUCUCCUGGACCCGCGGCCUCUACAUCCAGGGCUACCGCGUCAAGGUCUCGCACAACCGCAUCAAGUACGGCAGCCACGCCAUCACGGGCAAGAUGUCGCGGUGUCUCAUCAUCACGGGCCACGCGGACUUUGUCAACGAGGCCAGCCUGAGCAAGUUCUUCAAGGACCGCUUCAUUUACCAGGUCGACGAGGUGGUUGAGCUGAUCAAGGCCGGAGGACGGGCUGUUGUGGAGUUCAAGUUUGGAAGCUAUCGCUGCCAGUCGCAGAUGGGCAAGAUGUCCCUGGAGAAGGAUCGUCCUGCUGGUUUUGAGAAGGUUGAGUUUGGAGACGACCCUUGCGAGGUUGGCGAUACCAUGUCGUCGUAUGGAAUUGCCGCGGAGAGAAUCCAAGGCAGAGGUCUUUGA